CAAUCUCUGUCCCUUCCCAAUCUCGAGUUGCCCUCCUGGUCUUACGAUCUCCAUUAAACCAAAGCUUUCUUUUUAUUUUAUGAUUAAUUUAUUCGUUUUCGAGGUAAAGAAUAAAGAGAGAUUCCAUUAACAAAGAAACGAGAGAGAGAGAGAGAGAGAGAGAGAGAGAGGAGAAGUUGUGGAGUUGAAUCAAAGUUUCAACACAAUCUUGCCUCUCUGCAGUUUGCAGUAAAAAAGUUGCCCUAACAAGUUGUCUGCUUCGUGCUUUUGUUUUCCCUGUGGUCUCUUUUUCCAGUUGAAAAUGAGAAAGAAACAUGUAAAGCUGCCUUUUGGGUUUUGCUUCUUCUACUUGAUGUGUUUGCCAUUGGCUACAGCCUCUGACAGUCUUCUCUCUCCCAAGGGUGUCAACUAUGAAGUGGCUGCAUUGAUGUCAGUGAAGAGAGAGAUGAAGGAUGAGCUGCGAGUGAUGGAGGGAUGGGACAUAAACUCCGUUGAUCCAUGCACUUGGAACAUGGUCGGUUGCUCCGUUGAGGGCUUUGUAAUCUCCCUUGAAAUGGCCAGCACGGGUUUAUCGGGAAUGCUUUCGCCGAGUAUCGGGAACUUGAGUCACCUUCGUACACUGUUGUUACAAAACAAUCAGUUAUCUGGUCCUAUCCCGAUGGAGAUUGGGAAACUCUCAGAGCUUCAAACUCUUGACCUUUCGGGUAACCAGUUUUCUGGAAACAUUCCAAGUUCUUUGGGGUUUCUGACUCACCUAAGUUACUUGAGGCUUAGUAGAAAUAAAUUGGGCGGUCAAAUUCCUAGACUUGUUGCCGAUCUCACAGGUCUUUCAUUCUUAGAUUUGUCGUUUAAUAAUCUUAGCGGCCCUACUCCAAAAAUACAGGCAAAAGGCUACAGCGUUACAGGGAACAGCUUUCUUUGUAAUCCUUCAUCAGCAGACUCAGCACAAAUCUGCUUUGGCGUCUUCAAACCAGUACAUGGCUCAUCAAAGAAAGCCAGCGGUCACCACCGAUGGGUGCUUUCUGUUGCUAUAGGCAUUAGUUGCACAUUUGUCAUUUCUGUGAUGCUACUUGCUUUUUGGGUGCAUUGGUACAGAUCUCGUCUUCUCUUUACAUCUUAUGUGCAGCAAGAUUAUGAAUUUGAUAUUAGUCAUCUGAAGCGGUUCACCUAUCGGGAAUUGCAAAUUUCUACCAGCAAUUUUAGUUCCAAAAACAUCCUAGGACAAGGUGGAUAUGGCGUCGUUUAUAGAGGAUGUCUUCCAAAUAGGACAAUGGUAGCAGUUAAGAGGCUGAGAGAUCCGAAUUUCACUGGAGAAGUGCAGUUUCAAACUGAAGUUGAAAUGAUUGGCUUGGCUUUGCACAGAAACCUUUUACGUUUAUAUGGCUUUUGUAUGACUCCGAAUGAGAGGUUGCUUGUUUAUCCUUUUAUGCCAAAUGGGAGUGUUGCUGACCGUUUGAGAGAGACCGGUCGAGAAAAACCGUCAUUGGAUUGGAACAGAAGACUGUGUAUAGCCCUUGGGGCUGCCCGAGGACUAUUAUACUUGCAUGAACAGUGUAAUCCAAAAAUUAUUCACAGGGAUGUCAAAGCGGCAAACAUUUUACUUGACGAAAGUUAUGAAGCUAUAGUUGGGGACUUUGGUCUUGCUAAGCUGUUAGAUCGGAGGGAAUCACAUGUCACUACUGCAGUGCGGGGCACUGUGGGACACAUAGCACCAGAGUAUCUUUCAACCGGACAGUCUUCUGAAAAAACUGAUGUUUUUGGAUUUGGAAUACUGCUUCUGGAACUCAUAACCGGGCAAAAGGCAUUAGAUGCUGGAAAUGGUCAAGUUCAGAAGGGAAUGAUUCUUGAUUGGGUUAGAACCCUACAUGAGGAGAAGAGGUUGGAGGUGCUAGUAGACAGAGAUCUUAAAGGAUGUUUCGAUGCAAUAGAGCUGGAACAAUGUGUCGAGUUGGCUCUACAAUGUACUCAGUCAAGUCCCAUCCUCCGGCCAAAGAUGUCAGAGGUCUUGAAGAUUUUGGAAGGCUUAGUUGGGCAAUCAGGACAUACAGAGGCAUCACAAGGAGGAAACAACAUUUUUGACGCCAGGGCUUGUGAUUUCUCCAGGAAUUGCAGUGAUGUGCAUCAAGAGUCUUCUUUCAUCAUUGAAGCUAUGGAGCUUUCGGGACCUCGGUGACAGGAAAAUAUCAAAUUGCACCAUCAAAGUAUUAACUGUAAAUGAUUUUGGCAUUUUGCUGAGAGUUACUAAGUUACUAAUUAUAGGGUGGGUUUUAUUUAUUUAUUUUUUUUUUUUUUGGGGGUCAAGAUUAUAGAGUUGCUUCCUAAUCAAAACAAGUGACUAGAAUGAUGGCACAAUAGACACUAGACAGCACAUUGAAAUGAGAUUGAACAUGACACUAGACAGCACAUUGAAAUGAGAUUGAGCAUCCACUUUACCAAUGAUUGAGAUCCUUUGGGACAAGAAUCUAUUCCCUUUUGUAACUUGUACCACAAAAGACUGGUUGGCACAGCACAUGCUAAUGCCAAAUUGCCAGUCUUGGUUUCAUUCUCAAGUUCUAGUCUUUGUUCUUAAUUAGGCUGCUUAGUGUACAACCUUAUUUGGUGGGUCUCAACGUCCUCUGUGGGUCGAGGUAUAUACGUCUUGGAUUUACACAGGUUUCGUUUUCAUCUGCAGAAUUUCCAUGGCCUUAGUCAUCAUGUACAGUGCAUUGAAGGACUUUCCUGGAUUUGAAUUGUUGAGGUUAUAGCAUUUUUUGUGGUGCAGACAGAUUUGACUGAGUAAUUUAUGCAAUUAUUGAAGGGGUCUUUCGUUCUAUUAUAUUAA